GUCGAAAUCUCUUAAAGGGGCGGUGCUGGUGAACGAGUACUCUUGGCACGAGUCGCAGAGAAGGCUGGCUAGGGGCGUGAGUUUGCUCCACCAAGCACCAAAACAGAGAAGAAAAAAAAAAAAGAAAAAAAAAGAGAAAGAGCAAGAGAGGGGGGGAAAGGAAGGGAAAAAAGGGGGGGAAUAGCAGACAGACACACACUUUAGAUAAGGACAAUUAGUCACCAGCGAGACCCUGUGGGAAGACAGGUUUAAAUCAGAGGGAUUUAAUGAGGGUGCUCUGUGCCUUCCCUGAAGCCAUGCCCUCCAGCAACUCCCGCCCCCCGUCGUGCCUAGCCCCAGUGGCUCUCUUCUUGGCUCUAUUGCUCCAUCUCUUCCUUUCCUCCCAAGCUGGAGACAGGAGACCCUUGCCUGUAGACAGAGCUCCAGGUUUGAAGGAAAAGACUCUGAUUCUACUUGAUGUGAGCACCAAGAACCCAAUCAGGACAGUCAAUGAGAACUUCCUCUCUCUGCAGCUGGAUCCGUCCAUCAUUCAUGAUGGCUGGCUCGAUUUCUUAAGCUCCAAGCGUCUGGUGACCCUGGCCCGGGGACUUUCGCCAGCCUUUCUGCGCUUUGGGGGUAAACGGACUGAUUUCCUGCAGUUCCAGAACCUGAGGAACCCGGCGAAAAGCCGCGGGGGGCCCGGCCCGGAUUACUAUCUAAAAAACUACGAGGAUGACAUUGUUCGAAGUGAUGUUGCCUUGGAUAAACAGAAGGGCUGCAAGAUUGCCCAGCACCCUGAUGUUAUGCUGGAGCUCCAACGGGAGAAGGCAGCUCAGAUGCAUCUGGUUCUUCUAAAGGAACAAUUCUCCAAUACUUACAGUAAUCUCAUAUUAACAGCCAGGUCUCUAGACAAACUUUACAACUUUGCUGAUUGCUCUGGACUCCACCUGAUAUUUGCUCUAAAUGCACUGCGUCGCAAUCCCAAUAACUCCUGGAACAGUUCUAGUGCCUUGAGUCUGUUGAAGUACAGUGCCAGCAAAAAGUACAACAUUUCUUGGGAACUGGGUAAUGAGCCAAAUAACUAUCGGACCAUGCAUGGCCGGGCAGUAAAUGGCAGCCAGUUGGGAAAGGAUUACAUCCAGCUGAAGAGGCUAUUGCAGCCCAUCCGGAUUUACUCCAGAGCCAGCUUAUAUGGCCCCAAUAUUGGGCGGCCCAGGAAGAAUGUCAUCGCCCUCCUAGAUGGAUUCAUGAAGGUGGCAGGGAGCACAGUGGAUGCAGUUACCUGGCAACAUUGCUACAUUGAUGGCCGGGUGGUCAAGGUGAUGGACUUCCUGAAAACUCGCCUGUUAGAUACACUCUCUGACCAGAUUAGGAAAAUUCAGAAAGUGAGUAAAAGCCUCCUGGGAAGAAGAGGAGACAGUUUGGGGGUGGUUAACACAUACACCCCAGGAAAGAAGAUUUGGCUUGAAGGUGUGGUAACCACCUCAGCUGGAGGCACAAACAACCUAUCAGACUCCUAUGCUGCAGGAUUCUUAUGGUUGAACACUUUAGGAAUGCUGGCCAAUCAGGGCAUUGAUGUUGUGAUACGGCACUCAUUUUUUGACCAUGGAUACAAUCACCUCGUGGACCAGAAUUUUAACCCAUUACCAGACUACUGGCUCUCUCUCCUGUACAAACGCUUGAUUGGCCCCAAAGUCUUGGCCGUGCACGUGGCGGGGCUCCAGCGGAAGCCACGGCCAGGCCGAGUGAUCCGGGACAAACUGAGGAUUUACGCUCACUGCACAAACCACCACAACCACAACUACGUUCGCGGGUCCAUCACACUUUUCAUCAUCAACCUGCACAGAUCAAGAAAGAAAAUCAAACUGGCUGGGACUCUCAGGGACAAGCUUGUGCACCAGUAUCUGCUGCAGCCCUACGGACAGGAGGGCCUGAAGUCCAAGUCAGUGCAGCUGAACGGCCAGCCCUUGGUGAUGGUGGAUGAUGGGACCCUCCCCGAAUUGAAGCCCCGCCCCCUGCGGGCCGGCCGGACAUUGGUCAUCCCUCCAGUCACCAUGGGCUUUUAUGUGGUCAAGAACGUCAACGCUUUGGCCUGCCGCUACCGAUAAACCACCCUCACGUCACACAGUGCCCACAGGUCUGCUGGACUGCUUUCCACUCUUCUGCCACAAUAGUACUCUCAUUUUUCCAGACAUCUUAGCAACAAACCAGUCUCUGCUGCCCCAUCCUGCUGGAAUCAACAUAGACUUGCUCUGCCAAGGUAGCCUGAGCAUAGCCCAUGUAGGUCACAUCCACCCUUAAGGGAACUGUGGACACCGCCUGUACCUACAGAGGGAUGAAGGUCUGUGUGUACAGCUGUAUGUAUCCUUGUACAUGUACCAUGAAACCAAGCUGAAGCACGCUCCCCGGACCAAUGACACCGCUCCCCGUGACCCUGGUCUCACAGCCAGGGCACUGCAGACUAGCCCGUGCUGCUCCCUUCGGCGACAAUGAGCAGGGAAAGAACCUGGCGGACAUUUGAGAGGCCCGUCCUCUUCCAGCUCCUCUCCCUUGUCUGUUCCCUGCUGUUGCCCUGGGUUUCCUGUCAGCUAGCUCCCUUCCCAGAGGGGAGCGAGCGGGUGAGUCAGCGCUGGCCUGCUGGGUGAGCUGUUUGUGUAAUUUCCCGGCUGAUGUAUGAGCGUGUGCAUCUGGGCUUCUGACAGCAGCAUCGAUCACUGGCUAUUCCUCCGGGAAGCGGGUGCUUCAAAAGUAAAAUUGUAAUCAUACCCCAGGUUUUAUAAGAAGGUUCUAUUCCUCUGUGAGCCCGGAUCCCCCCAGGGCUGGAAUGGGAGUCAGGUAACAAUGUGCAUUGAGUGGAGAGCCCUGCAUUAGGCACCACGAAGGGCAACCGCCCUCUGCCAUGUGGGCUGUGACAGAGGGAGUUGUCGUACAAAGAGCAGGCACACCAACCCACACCCACACGUGCACACACAACAGCAACAACCACAACUGAACAAAGCAAAUAAUCAGACCUGCCUUGAACUUGAAAGAAUAUUUAUUAAAGGCAAGUCCUUGAUGAUUUGGUAGACCAAAACCAUUUUUUAAAAGAAGAGGUAUAAAUCAAAGGUCCUCCCUGUUCAGACACAGCUGGCUGUAAUCUUUCUGCCUCUUCACAAUGCAGGUACUAGGUCAUCUCGGAUGGCCAGGUCUGCCUUGGCCCAGACCAGCUUAUUUGAGUGGUGAACAAAGCUUUCCGGGAACCGCUCUGGGAAGGCCGCGUCUGGAGACAGGACUGGUGGGGAAACUGUGGAACCAGAGGUGGGAAGCUGCCAGUGGGACGGGGGCAAGUGGAGGGAGCUGAAGUUCAUCGUGAGGACCUUCUGGGUGGGCUAUUGGGCCUUUGCAAACAAUCUGCCCUUGAAUGACUCCCUUUUCUGUGGAUGUGACUUUCUUUCUCGGGAUAAGUGACAUGACUGAUGCUUUUUUAAAGGAGGAGACAGUUGACAGUGUCACAGGGUUCCAACUGAAGGGGCGACACAACUUCUGUAGUGAGGGAAGGACAGGAGUGGGGGGAGGGGCAGGGUUGCCGAGGCCAGCCGCCAGGGAGACUGCAGAAGGAGCCUGAGGAGUUGAGUGAGGACUAGGGCCACGUCUGCGAAGUGAGGCGAGGUGAGAGGUGGGAGGAAGAGGAAACAGGAGAGAAAGUAGAGGGUUCUCAGCUUGGAGAGCUGGGAGUUGGGGUGAGGGAAGCUGACAGCUCAGUUUACGUUUAAGGAAGAGAGUGGACACCGUUUUGACAGGCUUAGUAUUAGUACAGAAGGAAGAGCACACGGGAGAUGCAGCAAGAAACGGGAGACGGGGGACUGGCUGGCCCCCAUUAGGGGGAAGCUCAGCCUGGACGCUGGGAGAGAGAGGAAGUAUCGGACCCUGACCCCUGACCGGCGGCCUCAGGGCUCCUCAGUGGCUCCUCCUCUUCUCCAGAGCAGGCACCUCCCACUGAGGCUCAGCCCUGAAAGGGGUGGAGAGAGAAAGGACGGGAAAGAAGUGGCAGAGGACAGGCCCAAGUGGAAAAGACAAAUGAGAGACCAAGUGGUGGUUUCCCCAAACUUUAAAAAUUUUGUGCACAUAUCAAAAUCUCUCCUACAUACUGAUACAGGCGCUGCUGCAGGGCCCCUGAUAAUAACCAGAGCAACCCGAGGUCCCCGCAGGCCUGGCCCUCAGCUAGUCUGCUCUCCAUACACGGUAGCCCCUGUUUCUCCUGUAAGGCAUGUAGAGGGUCCAGAGCUUUUCCCAGGUCGCCCGGGCGAUGGGUUGCAGAGCUCAGGAUAAUCGAGAGCCUGUUCAUUUAACCGCCACGCGCAGUGACUGCCCAACUCAGACUCACCCCUUCACCUCUUCACAGGUCCUGCUAACUCAGCACAGCACAGCCUGAAAGCGCCCCUCAGACACGUUCUGUGAGUGCGCUUCUUCACCAGGCCCCCACAUAGGCAGAACAUGGGCAGUUCCUGCUCCUUCUGUCUUUGUACUAAAUGCUGCUCCUAAGAGGUCUGUUUUGUUUUUUAGUUAAUAAAAAGGGAAAAGAGGAUCGCUGAGAUUUAUCUUCGGAGUCCUGCAACUCUAACUUUGCAACUGUCUCAUAGAAGAAGUAUUUGCAUUGUUCAAAGGAAACCAAGAAACUCAGUAUAAAAAUCACAUCCCAUAGAGAUGUUAGUACAGAGCAUCUAUCCUGGAUUUCUCAUUUUGGGUGGGGGUAAUGGCUACAUCAGUGCGGAUGGCUCCUUGUGAUGGAGUCCCCAUCUCACUUCCCGCAAAAGAUACCCUGUGGCAAAAUUCAGCAUCACCACCCACUUCAUCAGGGAAGCCGCUUGGUGGGCUGGGCCCUGGGACAAAAGGUCUCAUCACCAGCCUCCCAGACCAGAUACUUCCUCCUAAAACAUGACACGGCUGAGGUGAUCUAAGACGUAGGAACCACUUUAUUUUGAACCAGAGAAUGGGCUUCUAAAGUGCUUAUUUGAAAGCCUGAUAAUGUGUAAUGAGAAGUCUGUGUCUUGUUGAGAUGAUUUUCUGCUCCUUCUGCCUCUAGGAGUGAUUUUCUUUCUCCUUUCUUAUCGCAAAGGCUCAGAACAAAUUCUCAUUGUUACUUGGAGAGAGUGUCCCAAUUCUUCCAGUGCCCUGAAAAAGCUGCAGCUGUGAGAUAUUAGCAUUAUCUGCAGAUGGAGAAAAGCUUGAGAAUACCAGAACUGAGCUACAGUGAGACGCAGGCCCGGGACUCCCAGAACCACAAUUCCCAGAGGCCCACUUGCCCUCUGCAGCCCCAGCCUCUCCCCAGGUGGAUGGGUCCAAGUCCCACACCUAUUACAGGGCACUGGUUGUUGGUGGAAUUUGGCUGAGAAGCCUCACCAGCUCUCUGGGGCCUCCUGGGGUGAGGCAGUGAGGGAGGCGGGUGCCCGGCAGGACUGGGAACCGCUGAGCUGCCAGCGGUCCAGGCCAGGCCCGGCCUCUGCGGGUGUGCUCCACCACGUGCACUCCAGGUCCCCGUGGUUGGGAUGGAUGCGGCUGCGGGAUUCACCUUGGAAAUCCAUUGAGAGCAGUUUUAUUUGUGAAAACAAAAGGGAAGUAUUUAAUCUCUGUAGAGGCAAAGGUGAACCAGGUGGAUAAAACAUUGGAACAGGGAAGGACUUCAAAAAUUUGAAAUAAAAGACGUAUCAAUAGAACAACCAAAAAUAAUAGAGAUACGGCUUGGAGAAGGCAAGGAAGGGAUGGGCAUAGACAUUUACACAGCUUGGCUGCCUCAGCUUUCCCGUCUCCCCAGCCUCGGCGCCCCUGCCCAGCCUGGACACGGCCGAUUGCUCUCUUCUACUCACUCACUCUCCUGUUCCACAGCCUCGCCUCUGCCAGCCGCUCUGUCCUCCCCCUGGAGCCCAGGGAAAUCUGCUGUACCAAGAGGGAAUUAAGCUUUUAUUGAAGAAACAGUUCUUACAAGGCCCAAGGAACUGAAGCAUUUCAAUCACUGCCUCUCAGUUCCACUAACAGGAAUACAAAAGCUUCUGUAACUGCCCCCCUGUCUCAGUCCUGGGUAGUGAGUAUGUGUAUUUGGGGAGGACCUGAGAAGCAAUUUACCCAAGGCCAUCCAGAUAAACAGAGUGGCAGGCCUGGGACUUGAACCCAGGUCUGCUGUAUUCCAAAGCCUGCUCUCAUUGCAUUGUACUCUCUCCCCCAUUGGACUGGUUAUGGCCAACUUACUCACUUCCCUGUGAUGUCCAGUUAGCUUUCUCAAUGUCCUGUGUGUGUCUACAGAGAACCCUAGUAGUGUCUUCACCCAGGACCGUUGAUCUCGGGUUUGGGGAAGCCAACUGACAACUCCAGUGGGUAGUGAGUCUGGCUAUGACCAGCUUUGGCUGUAGAGUUUGGAAUCGGGGAUCAUCUUGGCCUACCAGUGACCCUCCCAGUCUGCCCCUCUCCCUCUGUGGUUUUCUGAAGAACAAUUUAAAAGGCCACUCCUGCCAUGAGCACCCACUGCAGGUGAUGAGUCUUGAUAUGCUAAACCCUGGCGCUAAGUGGCCCAGCCAGUUAGCUCCCACACAUGCACUGCCUCGGCUAGCACUGCCCCUCCCCCUGCCACCACCCAGAGGUUUGGAAGUUUCUCUUUACCUUCACAGACUAAUUUUAAAAGUCCAUUAAUCAUUGCCACAUGGGUAGUAUUUGCAAACAUCACUCUGAAACGAGAAAGCCAAAAUAUCAAAAGACAGCAAGUCAAAUGCUCUGGCACCUACUUUCUUCCAAACACCUGAGCAGCCCCUGGGAACCCUGGGAGUAUUUGGGAGGGACUGACCAAGUUCCAAAUGACUGGCUCGUGAAUAAAUCCCACUGUCCCGUGCACCCAGCAGAAAAAAAAAGGGGCCCUUCCUUGCAGCCUACAUCACUAAUAUUACUCUAAUUAUUAUUCAUGAAAGUUUUCUCUGAGUCUUUUUCAAGUUGUAAAUGUUAUGUAAUAAAUUAUAUUUUUAGGAGAAGCAAAAAGAAACCUUAGUUUUAUUGAUUGGAAGUUGGCGAAGUGAGUGCAGAAACACCUCCCAGGGAACGCUGCUUCUCUGUGCAGGGGGUCUGACAGUUGUGAAUGUUUUCUUCUGGAGAACAGAUUAUACUGUGGCUUGUAUGUGCCCGGUCAUUGCAGACAGUUUGGUUCGUGAGGUAGUUUAUAUGUUGAGGUGAUGUUCUGUAAGUAAUAAAAUGUGAAUGCUCU